CUCUCACACUCACACAGCAUCCUCCCCUCACCUCUUCUACCUUCACACUCACCUCCUCAAGCCUACAUCUGUCCGCCACCCUCCUCUCCAUCACCUACUAACACACAUCAUUUAUUGCCUCUCCCUCAAGUCUCGUCUCUCCCUCCUCCUUGCACUCCUCCUCCUCCUCCUCCUCCUCCUCCUCCAUCGCCUUCAGGCUUUCCCUCCUCACAACACUCUGCACCCUCUGUCUACACACUCAUGCUCAUUGGCACCCAAGGACAGAACAGCUUCUCUCCUGAACCGGUGAUGGUUUGAUCCUUUUGGCCAGACUUCUUGACACUGAGCACAGCUGAGGAAGAGGACAAGGACGGAACAAAGGCAUGGAGCACAGCCACAUCUUCCCUGUGUCCCACCACAACGGGAGCACCGGGGGAUGCCCUCUCGGACCUCUGCCCGUCAUCUACUAUAGCGUCCUGCUCUGUCUCGGCCUGCCUGCUAACAUCCUGACUGUGGUUAUCCUGUCCCAGCUGGUGCUGCGUCGUCAGAAGUCCUCCUACAACUAUCUCCUAGCUCUGGCUGCUGCUGACAUCCUUGUUCUGCUCCUCAUUGUGUUUGUUGACUUCAUCCUGGAGGAUUUCAUCCUGGCUUCCUUCCUUCCUCGGUCCAUAAACAACGCAGUGCAGGUUCUGGAGUUCUCCUCCAUCCACACCUCCAUCUGGAUAACAGUGCCUCUCACCAUUGACCGCUACAUCGCUGUUUGCCACCCACUCCGCUACCACACGGUGUCCUACCCCGCUCGAACACGCAAGGUGAUACUGGCAGUGUACGUCGGGUGUUUGCUCUCUGCCGCGCCCUAUUACUGGUGGCCUGAGUUCUGGCACAGUUUACCAGGGGUUGGCAAUAGCGAUGAAGGAGGAGGAGGUGACGGAGAAAGCAGCAGAAGAACGGUGGCCGAGCACAUCCUGGUUUGGGCUCACUGUGCCACCGUCUACCUCCUUCCCUGCACCGUCUUCUUCUCCCUCAACACCGGCAUUGUGCGGAAGCUGCGGAAGCGCCGUAACUGCUUCCGACUGCGUGGCUAUUCCACUGGCAAGACCACCGCCAUCCUCCUCGCCAUCACCUCUGUUUUUGCCGUUCUGUGGGCUCCGCGCACCGUCUUGAUCCUCUACCACUUCUACUCAUCGCCACCCGCCUCGCAAAGCGCCAGCCGCCUGCUCCAUGUGCUCACCGACAUUGCAAACAUGCUGGCGUUGCUCAACACUGGCGUCAACUUCUUCCUGUACUGCUUCAUCAGCAAGCGUUUCCGGGCCAUGGCGGCCAACGUGCUCCGUGCCCUUGUCCACUGUCGGAAGCAGCCGAAGCCGUUUUAUGCCAGUCACAACUUCUCCAUCACGAGCAGCCCUUGGAUCUCACCAGCCAACUCUCACUGCAUCAAGAUGUUGGUGUACCAGUAUGACAAAAAUGGAAAGCCCGUCUGCAUCUCCUCUUAAGUCUACACUUACCAGCAGUGGCACCUCAAAUCUUUCAGGCUACCUUUGGCCACAUGGGACUCAAUGAGGACACACAAGGUUACCGCGUUGAAAGGUGCAACAGUAAACAUCAGAUGCAUGGUGCAAGAUUUCAAAGCCUCCCAUGAUCAAGAAAGUAAUCAUAAAGCAGCAAACAGCAUCAAUAAGAUGGGUAUAGCUCCCUUCAUGCAAAAAAAAAACACACCUGCUAAGGAUUAAACUUUGGGACAGAUGAAAGCCUAUCACCUCCAUCUACCAGUGAAAUGAGCCAACAUUUUCGACACAUUAAUUGACAAAACAACAUGGUGAAUCAUCAGAAAUGGUUUAGUUAUGGAUUGUCCUUUGUAUUCAUGGCAGAAAAUGAGGAAGAGCUUUGAACAGCUGAGUCUUUUAUCUGUGGGGGAAAUUGUUGCCAGUCUGACCGCUGCACAUCUCCCCUGGAGGGGUUAUUCACUCAGGCAUAACCACGGACAGAGUGCCCACUGCCCACGGUCGUGACUGUCUCUAUCUAGAAAUGUAAAACAGCUCUGUCCUUUCCAUUUAGUAUGCAGAGGAGUCUCAAAUGCAUCUCAAACAACACUCUCUGACUCUACUCCUGACUGUUGUUUUGCUCACAGUUUGUCUACAAGUCAAUACUCACGUGGGAACUUGACCAUGGCUGGACGAUGGGAUUUUCUUUCUUCUGAUUGCUGGUGAAUUGUUUAUUCAUGGUAGACCUGACUGUUACUGUAGCUUUGCAAAAACACAAGAAAAGAAAUAUGACAUGGUGUCAGUGUAGCACUGAGGUAUUAUUAAACUAGUUAUCACCUUAUCCAUUAUUAGAAUGAGGAAAUUUCUGCAGCUAGGAGAUAGUCCUCUAUUAACUAUUAAUGGACCCUGAUGACUUAAUGUUAGCUAUCAUCCAGAUGCAUAAAAUUAAAGUAAAUGAAAAUGUCUUUAACCCUUUAUCUUUCUAAGAAACCGAGACACAGAGAGAGGUAGAGAGGACUUGAUAUUCUGCUCUCCCUUCCUGUUGGGUUUGUUUUCCCCAUAAAAAAGCUUUCUGUCCCAUUAUGCCGCACUGAUUUUGGUCUCAGGGCCAAAGCGCCACAUUCUGCUGCUGGCUUUAAAGACGCAUUUUACAGCAAACCACAGUCACAUUAACUUUAUGUCACCGGCGCGCUGUACACAAUACACAUUUAAAUGAACACGCACACAUCUCUUGUGUGGUACGGCCCAAAGACAGAGCACUAAGAUCACUGCACAUUCGUCCUUUAGCCACCAUGGCACAUUAUUAGGGAUUAUCUAGCUGUGCUGAAAGGCAUAUCUCUGCUAAAACUUAUCUAAAGGGAUCAGGAACAUUAAGUUUUUUUUUUCUGACCAUUUAAAAGUACUAAAUUUUAGCAUGCUUAAGAGACAAGUAAACCCUCAUUUCACGCUUCAAAGUCUGAGAUACUUCAGGAAGUGCUUUGUCAUUGUUUAUGUUCUGUCAUUCAAGCAUAACAUUUACCUAAAGGCUAGAUGUUAUGUUUCAUGCAUAGUUUUCUAGAGUAAAAUUUCCUGUGUCAUUUAUAGCCAUUUAAGAACAAAUACAAAAGGCUACAAUGAUUUUCGUCUGGAAAGGCUUUAAAUUUGGAAGCAACAAAACCUGGGGAUGGAUGGAUGGAUGGAUGGAUGGAUGGAUGGAUGGAUGGAUGGAUGGAUGGAUGGAUGGAUGGAUGGAUGGAUGGAUGGAUGGAUGGAUGGAUGGAUGGAUGGAUGGAUAGAGCUUUUAUAGCAUAGAUUGGGAUUGAAGUCUUGAAAUAUAAAUAUUUUUCCUUGCUCUAUUUUCUUUUUGAAUAAAAAUUACAUUCCCUACAUUUGCGCAGAUUGUUCAAGGCAGUGUAAGAGCCCUGUAUGUAGAAAAUAUAGAUUGGAAAAUUGUAAUUUAUUCAUUGCAAAGGUAAUGAAUGAAUUGGGGCACUUCAUUAAUAGUGACCUCCAUAUUGCUAACCCUAACUUAAUGAUAGCGUCACUAAAAUAUGAUUGUUUGCAUUCUAAAUAUUUUAGAGCAUCAGUGCUUUGUGUGUUCAAGAACGUAGUACAUGCAAAAAUACUGAAUAAUAUCUGUUUAUUUAUGUGUUUGUUUUAUAUAACAAACUUGAAACUCUGAUCUGGAUCCCAGUUUUAUGAUGUUCCGGUUUAACAUAAAGGUGCAAGCAGGUUUUGCACAUUAACUGUUAUUACAUGUACAAGUUUAUUAAAAAAAUAUGCAUCUAAGCCUAAAUGUAUUCAUACCUCAGGCAGAUUUACAUUUUAAAAUAAUUUCUCAAAUUGGUUCCUGAUAUGAAAUGAGAAAGAUGUCUCUCAAGAGACUCAAAAAAAGUAUCAAGAAAUGUCAAAUAUUAAAUAUUAAUAUUCUGUCUUCUCUAAGCCCCAGUCGGUCGAGGCAGAUG